AUGAAUUCAUGUAUGUAUCUUUAUGAAGAAAUCGCUACUCCAAAUGGCACAAGUGAUAAAGGUGUUGCUUGGAAACUUGUAUGGAGAGAAGGCUGUAAACAGGUCUUUAAAUGCAGUCCACGUGCGAGUAUCAUAGGGUUGCAUUUGAAUGUUUUUAAUGGUGAAACUCUAGAUCGUCAAGAAGGAUAA